UUUUUAUAUUACUCCUCAUCAAUUAAAUUUCUUUCUUAAGGAAUGUGCUAAAAUUCAAUUACAUACUUUAAAAUUAAUGUACUUUAAUCAUAAUGAUUUAGAUCAUUUAAAAGUAAUUGUUGAUUAUUCUAAAGAAUUUAAUCACUUAAAACAAGUUAAAUUUAUGGAAAGAAGAUUAUAUGAAAGUGAAACUAAUAUUGAUGAAACUGUUGAUUGUGAUGUUAAACCUUUUAAUUUUAGUCAUUAUGUUAAGUGAGAGGUGUGAGAGAUGCGAGAGAUGUGUUGAUUAUUACUAUACUAUAUAUUUAAUUUUUUUUCUUCUAAGUCACUCAAAUACAUCAAACCUGUUACAUGCGAUGUUGGGGUUCUAGCAUUCAAAUGAAUGAGAGCAGAAAAUACUAUGUAAGCACGAGACUCAUGCUGAAGUAGAUCUUUAAAAGAUGGUUUAUUCAAUGCAAUCCAUGUAUUUUAGUGUGAAAUGGUGUAAAAAAAAAAUAAAUAUCGUAAUAUUCUGACGAUACAGAUCUGAUUUUUACGCGUUAUACGCGCGCACCUUUUGCAACACGUAUAAACGCGUUUUUUUCUGUACAAAACUUUCAUUUAUAAUAAGCAGCUGUUCGGCAAGUAUGGGACUA